AUGACUGAAAGACAUAACAAUUCAUUUGAGAUAGAUGAUGAUUUAGACGGGGUGGAUGACUUUACUAAUGAUAACAACCCAUUUGAAACGGUUAGGAAUAGUAAGAUUACUAAUAACAACAUAUCUUCCGAUAGGAUUGAGAAUGAUUCCGAUUUCGAUAUUGAGGUGCCAAAAGUGUUAGAUCCAGAACCUAUCAGUAAUAUACCACCACUUUUGUAUGAUCAAGUUAGAGUUGAUGAACAAGAUCAGAACGAUGAGUUACCUCCGGGGUUCCUGAAUUACUAUUCUAAAUAUUUCCAAUUAUCUGAUCAAGAAUUCAAGAGAAGAUUAUACAAUGCCGCAAGGUUCACUAAAUCGGAAGAAAUUAUCCCUGAUUCUGAGAGUAAUAAUGAUAACAAUUCUAACAAACAGACUGAUUUAUAUGCUGCAAUUUGGGUCACAGCAAGUGUAAUUAUGGUACAAUUUUUUACCAACAAUUUAUUUAACCUUAUUUUAAAUGAUAUUGCCCAAGGUAUCAAAAGUACUACCAAUAUUGAUAGAAAAGAUGUAUAUUCUAACUUAUUGCAUUCCAUAUGGUUAUUCUUUGGCUACACAUUCAUUGUUCCAUUUAUAAGCUAUCAAAUUUUAAAGAAAGAUGAAAAUACUAAGUUUAAAAGUACAAUUGAUUUGAUUUCAGUGUAUGGUUAUUCAAACUUAAACUGGAUUCCAAUUUUAUUUGCUGAAAAUGUUUUAUCAAAGUUUGGUGCUUCCUUAUAUGUUCUUAUUAUAAAAUGGGUAUUUUUUCCAUUCGGUUUAUUCAAAAGUGCUCUAUAUCUCUUCUAUGCUACCCAGAAUAAUAACAACUCUACUUCAAGAUUCCCUUUAUCAGUAAUAAUAAUACUGUCAAUCCAUGUCCUAUUUUCAAGUCUAAUGAUGUUCAUUUUAUUUUAUUAA